CACCUUAUGCUUGUGGCGCGCGACGCUCCACCAACCUGGGAAAUUUCCUUCACGCGACGAGCAUUCGCGCUGGGACGCAGUUAGAUACUAUUAUCAUCAAGCGCAACACAGAGGAUGGCUUGCACGCGUGAAAGCUAUCGCAUAGCGAGCGCGCUAUUGCGUCGGCAAUUGCCUAUCCGGUCAGCUGCCCCUGGUGCGAGGAGAUUUGCCUCGACCGAGGCUGAGAAGCCUUCCUCAAACAAGGUCGACGACCUUUCAGAGCUUGACGAUGCGUCAUCUUUUAACACACCUGCUCCCGACGCAGCGAUCUUGGAUGCUUUCAAGAGCCGUCCUCCUCCCGCUCGUACCGGCAAGUUGCCCGCCAACAGGUACCAAUACCACCCACCCAAAUUCGAUCGCGGACCUCUUCAUCCAGUACAAUCACCACCGUCGUCUGAUCCUAUAGCUCGUAACUUCGUGCCCGGGCCAUUCAACCACCCGCGUCUACGACACACCCACGAAUCGACCAUUGCACCGGAUCUACUCACUUUGACCUACCAACACUACCCACCGGGGGAAGAGCGCGCCGUAUCCACAAAAGGAGAGCUCAGAGAAUGGGAUGGCUCAUCGCCGUAUCACAAAAACCGCCCCAAGAGAGGGCCGAGGGGUCCUGGCUCCGACAGACUGGCUCUGUUGGAGCGCGACAUUGUGUUCAACAAUAUCCCUGAAAUCAAGUCCGUCAGCAUAUCUAUGCACCAGCCUGAAGCUGCACGCGACAAGGAGUACUUAAACGUGGCCCGCGCUGUGUUGCAAGCGAUUACCGGAAAGUUCACCGAAUUGAACUUUUUGAAGAAGAACGUUGUGCAAUUCCAGAUUAGGAAGGGUGGUAUCGGAGGUGUCAACGUGACACUCGAUGGCAACGACGCAUACGAGUUUGUGGAUAAGCUCGUUACCUUGGUGCUGCCUAAAAUCAAGGAGUGGCCUGGUGUGAAAGCCACAAGCGGCGACGACAAUGGCAACAUCUCCCUUGGGCUUCACAAAUCGGCCAUGACCUUCUUUCCUGAACUGGAGUACAAUUUCUCGGCGUAUCCGGCGAAAAUGAUCCCUGGCUGUUAUAUCACCAUUCAGACCACUGCCACCUCUGACAGGCACGGGCGUCUGCUAUUAGAAUCAUUGGGGUUCCCCUUUUACGGCAAGGUCAAGAACUAAGCAUCGGAGCAUUCUGGGAAUUGUAUCUUUAGAUCAUGUACAUCAACUUGUGUCGACGGAAAUUGUAACAUAAAGAAGCGAAGAGGAUGCGGUGCCCCUGGGGUUCGCCUUGCUGUCAAUAUCUAAAACCCGGUACUGUCCAACGCCCGAACGCCAUUCCCUCCCUCUGAUUUUGAUGGUCUAAGUGAC